AGCCGGACUGCCUGCACUGGAACAGUAAACACAGCGACAGACCCACAGCGUCAGGAGCGACAGGAGGAGAGGAGAAAACGAGGAAGCAAAGAAGAGAGGAAAGCAGAGGAGAGGAGCGAGGGAUGGCGGGGCGGAGGAGUAGCCGCAGCGGUUUCCGCCAUAAACAAAAACCCGGCAGACAGAGAGAGAGCUAGACAGCGAGGGGGGAAGGGAAGGGAGAGGGAGAGACAGAGGGAGAGAGGGAGAGAACAGAGAAAGAGAAGGAGAGAGGGAUGGGCCUCUCAAACAAAGCUGCACUGAUACUGCCAAUCCUGGAUGAAUAGCAUGCUGGAUAAGAGCGAGGUGUCCACUCUGGGUGUGCCGGCGGUGGCGUCCCAUGGCGGGUCAGACAGUAACAUCAGCGUGGAGGGGGUGUGCAUGGGUGCGUGUGAGGGCGAAGCUCAGCGCACUCGUGCCGCUCUGGAGCACCUGCAGCAGAAGAUCCUGAAGAUCACGGAGCAGAUUCGUGUGGAGCAGGAGGCACGCGACAACAACGUGGCAGAAUACCUCAAACUCGCCCACAAUGCAGACAAACAGCAGGCCGCCCGCAUCAAACAGGUUUUUGAGAAGAAGAACCAGAAAUCAGCCCAGACCAUCGCACACCUCCAUAAGAAGCUCGAGCACUACCACAAGAAGCUCAAAGAGAUCGAGCAGAACGGACUCGCCCGGCAGCCCAAAGAUGUCCUGCGGGACAUGCAGCAGGGCCUGAAGGACGUUGGAGCCAAUAUGCGUGCUGGCAUUAGCGGGUUCGGAGGGGGUGUUGUGGAAGGUGUGAAGGGUGGAGUCUCUGCGCUCACUCACACGGCCGCCGUGGUGUCCAAACCGCGGGAGUUCGCCAGCCUCAUCCGCAACAAGUUCGGCAGUGCGGAUAACAUCGCCCACCUGAAAGAGUCGCUGGAGGAGUGCCAGGCUGAGGAGACGCCGCGGGCACUGUGCGGCAGCGCCACGCUCGUCUCAAGCCCAAAAUAUGGCAGCGACGAUGAGUGUUCCAGCGCUACUUCAGGGUCCGGUGCUGGGAGCAACUCUGGAGGAGCCGGAGCCAUGUCGGGGUUGGGGGCAGGCAUGGGCAUGGGCAGCCCAAGGCUGGACGGGCACCAUCAUCACCAUCACCACUCGUGGGAUGCGCUGCUGGAGGGACUGCAGGAGAUCAAGGCCAGUCAGGCACAGAUGGAGGACGCCAUGGAAGACAUGAAGAAUCAGCUACAGAGCGACUACUCCUACAUGACACAGUGCCUGCAGGAGGAGAGAUACAGGUACGAACGUCUGGAGGAGCAGCUGAAUGACCUGAGUGAGCUCCAUCAGAAUGAACUGACCAACCUGAAACAGGAGCUGGCCAGUAUGGAGGAAAAGGUCGCCUACCAGUCCUAUGAGAGAGCCAGGGACAUACAGGAGGCAGUGGAGUCGUGUCUGACUCGCAUCUCCAAGCUGGAGCUUCAGCAGCAGCAGCAGCAGGUGGUGCAGCUGGAGGGAGUGGAGAACGCUAACGCUCGCGCGCUGCUCGGAAAACUCAUCAACGUCAUCCUGGCCCUCAUGGCUGUGCUGCUGGUGUUCGUCUCCACCAUGGCCAACUUCAUCACCCCGCUGAUGAAGACGCGCACCCGCGUGGCCACCAGCGUCGCCCUCGCGCUCUUCCUCAUCACACUCUGGAAACACUGGGAUUGGCUGGAGCUCUGGCUGCUGCCCAGCUGAGUUGCGCGACCUCUGCCGGUACAGCAGUGGCUACGUUCACAUUACAGCGUUGAAGCGGCUCAAAUCCGAGCUGUGUGAACACAAAAACCUGAAUCAGGUUUGAGUCUCUUUCAUAUGUGCUCGUAGAUCCAUAUCUGAUACGUGGUCAAGGGGACAGUCAAAUCAGAAUUCACACGGUUUUAUUUUCACAAAACCAAAAUCUGAUUGGUUGUUGCAUCUGAUAACAGUGCGUUUUUUCACCAAACCUGUAUCAUUUGACAUCAACCACAAUGAGCUCUUUACUCCGAGCUGAUGGAACUAUGUUUUUUGGAGGAAGAAAAUGGCAAUAUUAAAAUCUCAUAUGCCACCGUGCAAAAGUUUGGAAUCAAAGUUUUAAUUGAUUCACAAAUCAGAAUCUGAUUUCAGAUGAUCAGUAAGCCUCCAGGACGCUGUAAAUAGAAUUUAGAAAUGUUCGAUGUGUCCAGAAUGAUGAACAGAGCUGUAAAAUACUCUAAAAUGACAGAGAAAACUGUACAAAAUUAAGAAUAAGUUUUAAUAUCUAGAAUUCAUCAUGUUUCAAAAGUGAUCAAAUCUCAAGACGGGUGACUCGGCAAAAGGUUAAUGUAAAUAAAUAAUUACAGUGUAUUAUUUAUCAAUCAAUAACCUGUUCACAGAAUCCUUGAAGUACUGAAUAAAAUAUCUAAAAUACCUUUUGGCAAAUAGUUUGUAAUGUUUAAAUCCACAGUUCAUAAGUAAUAAUUGUAUAUAAAAUUAUAAAAGCAUCAAUACAGCAUUGCAAAUUCUUGAAAGGUAGCAUAUAUGAAAAAAUGUCCAGGCCAUCUUUGCAUUACUUUUGUUUUACUUCGCAAAACUUAUAUAAGCAAUAGAACAAAGUUAUGACUUUAUUCACAAUAAUGCACCACCUUCAGUGUUCUGUUUUAUUUUUAAUCACUGCUGUGUAUCACUGCGGUCAUCGUACGGCUUUAUGAUUCCCACAAUUCCUUUGCGGGUAAACAACAGAUAUGGGUCACUUACACAUGUGAAUGUGGACUAUUAAGGGCAGAUAAAUCAGAUCUGAGCCAAACAUCAGAAUUGGUCUACCCAGGCUCCGCCCACAGAUGUGUUGUUUUGUAGUACCUGUUGUGAGGUUGGACAAGCUUUA